AUGAAGAAUAAUAAAGAAAAAAGACAACUUCGAUUUUUAUCUUACUCUUCUUCCUCCUCCUCCUCCUCCUCCUCAUCAUCAUCAUCAUCAUCAUCAUCAUCAUCAUCAUCAUCAUCAUCAUCAUCAUCAUCAUCAUCAUCAUCAUCAUCAUCAUCAUCAUCAUCAUCAUCAUCAUCAUCAUCAUCAUCAUCAUCAUCAUCAUCAUCAUCAUCAUCAUCAUCAUCAUCAUCAUCAUCAUCAUCAUCAUCAUCAUCAUCAUCAUCAUCAUCAUCAUCAUCAUCAUCAUCAUCAUCAUCAUCAUCAUCAUCAUCAUCAUCAUCAUCAUCAUCAUCAUCAUCAUCAUCAUCAUCAUCAUCAUCAUCAUCAUCAUCAUCAUCAUCAUCAUCAUCAUCAUCAUCAUCAUCAUCAUCAUCAUCAUCAUCAUCAUCAUCAUCAUCAUCAUCAUCAUCAUCAUCAUCAUCAUCAUCAUCAUCAUCAUCAUCAUCAUCAUCAUCAUCAUCAUCAUCAUCAUCAUCAUCAUCAUCAUCAUCAUCAUCAUCAUCAUCAUCAUCAUCAUCAUCAUCAUCAUCAUCAUCAUCAUCAUCAUCAUCAUCAUCAUCAUCAUCAUCAUCAUCGUUAUGUUUUUGGUUCGUCAAUUAAAAUGUAUUGCUUAGAUGAAUUAGUAUAAUACAAUUUCUGAGUUGCUUAGGAAUUGUGUAGUCACAUUUAAAUAACGGCCUGAUGAUACGUUUGCUGAUGACAGGCGGUUUCACUUUUCUAAUAAAUGUUACGUACUGUUUGUCACAUUUGAACAAUAUGAAUAUCUUUUAAGAAGGUAGGAAAUGAUUUAAACAUUUACAAAAUUAUCAGAAGGGGGUGUUGUGGAGAUUUUAGUAUUUUUAUAUAGUUAAGAUCAUGAGUCAAUUGAAGCUAG